AGUGAAGUCGAACGAAUGCAAAUGGUAGUGGUUUUGUUUUGCCAUGGCCUAUCCUGUACAUGGUUGAACUCUUGAUAUGUCUCUGUUUGAUGAAGUUAAGGAAAUUUUACAUUUUAUAGCAUUGAUGUCGCUACUAUCUUUACCUGCGAUUGCAGCGACAUCUGUAUGAUUAAUCAUUUGACCUACAUUCGAUUUCAAAGCGGAACAGGUAAACCAAAAACUUAUGGAACAUUGAAAACAACUUUAUGCCGUCAAAAUGCAGGCUCAAAACGGCAAUUUGAAGCUUCUUAUACCUUUGAUACUGUUAGGAGGGGCCGCUCUCAUCGUUUUAGUAGUAUGUGGAGCCACGAUUGUACGUGAAUUUGUCGUAAACAAAUUGGAAUUCAAUGGCCGCGAAUUUGAAGCUGCGAACUGCCAUGUUACUUCCGUAGAUUAUGAAAAUCAGAAAUGGCAAGAAUGUGAACAUUGUUACACGACUACGACGAUUGUCUGGGAAAACAACAAGCCAAUUGAUCGCCUGAACAAAGUCUGCGUGGAAUCAAGGUUCCCAUGUCUACAGAUUCAUGUUAUGUACCGUUUAGGAGCUGACUUGUAUGCCAGAUAUGGAGAAGAUUAUGGUGGUAUUUUGAGGCUUCACCCAUGGCAACUUGAGGGCAUUUAUUCACAGUGUUCAUACAACAUAUGCAGGCGGUAUGAAUAUGACAAUGAACGUGAGAUACGGUCUCUGCAGACCCAAUGGUUGAACAAGAUGGGAGAAAAAUUCACAUGCUACUAUAACCCCUCACGUCCAUGGGAAAUCGUCGCCAAGAAGAUGGCAACUAGAACUGAAGCUAUUGUCAGUAUGACCAUUCCCAGUUUUGUGCUGAUUGUAGCCGUCAUGGCCAUUGGAUUCGUUCUCAUAUGUAAAGACAAAUUUAACAAGAAGAAGAUUCCUAUGUAUAAUGCUUCUCAACAUGCAGCCCCUUCUAGGGAAAAUAUUGCGGACACUGGGUUCUAGAUAAAGUACUUGCUCACCCUCUGCACUCCUUUGAUGGUUUAGUACCAUUAGAACCAUCACUACAUGAAACAAAAGGCUAAAAGCAGGCAACAGUCUACUCCAAUUCAACACAAAUAAGAUGUAGAACAUGUACAUUCCUUAAGGAUUUAAGCAUAUGACCUAAUGAGUCAGGUUAUUGGUGAUUUAUAACACUGACAGAUUAAAAUGUUAACAACUGAGUGAAAAAAUCACCCACAAUUCUGAGUUGUGCGUUUUCACAUAUUACAAUAUUAUUAAAAUGAAUCAGAACCACGACUGUAUAUUUUUCUGAUCAUGGGCUACGUUUGAAAUCAUGAAAGUGUAAAGUUUCAAUAAUUUGAAACUUUGGAGCCAUUUUUAAAGUAACUAGCAAUGGAGUUUCCAUUGGAUCAUACAUUGCCUAGGAUAUUGGUAUUUUAUAAAUGAGUGAAAACUGAUUUCCAAAUUUUCAAUGUUUGAAAACUUUUUGUUUCAUUUUGUCUUGAAAAUGCUUUGUAAAUAUAUGUAUUAUUCACGUUUUUAAGCAGAGGUCAAUAUAUAUUUACUUAUACACUGCAUCUAGGUUUUAGUAAGUCAGCUGUAGCUAUUUUGAUAGUAGUCCAUGUAUAAAGUGUAGCCAGAAAUGUUUUGUAUUCCUUAACAUUCCAAGACUUAAAAAUC